AUGGAUCAUACCGGAAUAGUAGAGCCUGAGGAUGAGUUGGGAUCAUUAGUUCAUCUUGCUCCAAGUCCUCAAAGUGAAGCAGUUGCUCAUGAAUUCCAGGAACUUUCCUUACAGUCUAGUCAGCAUUUGCCUCCUCUUAAUGAACGGAAGAAUGUAUUACAGCUGAGGCUACAACAACGAAGGACAAGAGAACAGCUAGUGGACCAGGGCAUCAUGCCACCGUUAAAGAGCCCAGCAGCAUUCCAUGAACAGAUAAAAAGCUUAGAACGAGCCAGAACUGAAAAUUUUCUGAAGCACAAGAUACGUAGUCGACCAGAUCGUUCUGAACUUGUCAGAAUGCACAUUUUGGAAGAAACAUUUGCAGAGCCAUCCCUGCAGGCUACACAGAUGAAACUGAAGAGAGCUCGGCUGGCAGAUGAUCUGAAUGAGAAGAUUGCUCAAAGACCUGGGCCAAUGGAACUAGUAGAAAAGAACAUCCUUCCUGUAGAUUCCUGUGUUAAGGAAGCAAUUAUAGGGGUUGGACAAGAGGACUAUCCCCAUACUCAGGGUGAUUUCUCAUUUGAUGAAGACAGCAGCGAUGCUUUGUCUCCAGACCAGCCAGCCAGCCAGGAGUCUCAGGGUUCAGCAGCAUCUCCAAGUGAGCCAAAAAUCAGUGAAUCACUAUCUCCUGCUACCACAAACACUCCAACUCAGUAUACUUCACUCUCCACAGCAGUUUCUGAAUUCUUGAAAACUCCUCUUGCUGCUGAUCAUUCUACAUCACGCUCUACAGCUCCUGUCCUCACUACAAGCAGUGUGUCUUCAGCAAAGCCUGGGCCAGCACUGGUAAAGCAAAGUCAUCCUAAGAAUCCAAAUGACAAGCACCGAAGCAAGAAAUGUAAAGAUCCCAAACCACGGGUUAAGAAGUUGAAGUACCAUCAGUAUAUCCCACCAGAUCAGAAAGGUGAGAAGAACGAGCCACAGAUGGACUCCAACUAUGCCCGUUUGCUACAACAACAGCAGCUUUUCCUGCAGCUACAGAUCCUGAGCCAACAACAACAACACUACAACUACCAGACUAUUCUACCUGCACCACUUAAGCCAUUAAAUGACAAACAUAACAGUGGAAAUUCAACUUUGAGCAAUAAUGCACCUACAGCAGUAGCCAACACAAGACAAAAUGCUUCUAUUCCUACUAGAAAACCGGGACCACUGCCUUCUAGCCUGGAUGAUUUGAAGGUAGCUGAACUGAAGAUGGAAUUGAAGUUAAGAGGUUUACCAGUGUCAGGCACCAAGACAGACCUAAUUGAACGUCUAAAACCCUAUCAGGAGCUUAAUAGUGGUAUUUCCACUAGCAGUGCUGUUGUAGUAUCCACUUCUACUGUAGUCACUAGCAAUCCAGAAGUCACUAUGGCAUUCCCAGUUACAUUAAAUAAUUCUGUGGCUAGCACCAUUCCUAGUUUUAAGUCAGAAACAUCAUCUACUGGAACAAGCAGUGUGACGCACACUGAAACCAUCAGCUCCCCUCUGCCGAUCUCCCCAUCUCCUUCAGAACACUCCAGUCUUAGUACUGAUGAUACUAACAUGACAGAUACUUUCACAGAAAUUAUGACUAUGAUGUCCCCCUCCCAGUUUUUAAGUUCAUCUCCUUUGAGAGUGACAAAUAAUGAAGACAGUCUAAGUCCUGCCUGUGGAGGUCUGUCAAACAUGGAACUGGAUGUGGCUGAAAAAGACAGAAAGCUUCAGGAGAAAGAAAAACAGAUUGAAGAGCUAAAAAGGAAACUGGAACAAGAACAAAAACUUGUAGAAGUACUAAAAAUGCAACUUGAAGUUGAAAAACGGGGGCAACAGCCACCACCAGCACCCCAGCCCACUGCUAAUUCUGUAAAUAAUGUAGAUCAAAAGCAUGUCAUUUCUGCUGUCAAAGAUGAGAAUUCUCUCCCUGACUGUUCUAGCUCAAGACAAUCAAUACCAGGAGCCAGCCAUUCUUUAGGCCAGCCGGGAUCUACUGCUAGCCAGAACCUCGUUGCCAAAAAGGCUGUAGUUAUCAAGCAAGAGGUACCUGUGGCCAAAGCUGACCAACAGAACAUCAUCUCUCAGUAUUAUGUGAGUUCCCAGAGACAUCCACAAACCACAGUUGUUGCUCAGCCUCAAGCUUUACUAACCACCCAAACUGCACAGCUGCUACUCCCAGUGUCUAUCGAGGGUUCGAAUGUAACUUCAGUUCAACUACCAGUAGGCAGUAUAAAACUACAGACUCCACCACAGGUAGGAAUUACAACUCAGCCCCAAGUUUCAGCAUCUGUAUCAUCCUCUGGCUUGGCCCAAACAUCCCAUCCAAAACAAGACAAUUUCACACAACAUGUACUCAACCAGUCUCAACAAAUAAGAAAGGUUUUUCCAUCUAAUUCACCAUCAAAUACAAUAUUUCCCUACCAGAGACCACCUGUUACAACAGUCCAGCAGCCAUUCAUUAAUAGCACAUCCAACAGUGUUCUUCAGUCCAGGAACACUCAGGUUUCUUCCGUGCAAAAUGGACCUAGCACUACCAACAAGCCUGGCUCUCCAUCUCAGCCUCAGCAGUUUAUCAUACAGCAUUCUCUAUUUGGCAACACAGUCACCAAAACAAAAGAUCCUCCACGGUAUGAGGAAGCCAUAAAGCAAACCCGAAAUAUACAGUCAUCUUCUCAUUCGGAGAUUUCCAAUGCACAUAGUCAACAGAUGGAUGACCUCUUUGAUAUCCUCAUUAAAAGUGGAGAGAUUUCUCUCCCUAUAAAAGAAGAGCCUUCUCCUAUUUCCAAAAUGAGACCAGUGACAGCCAAUAUCACCACAAUGCCAGUAAAUACAGUGAUAUCACGACCACCCCCCCAAGUCCAAAUGGCACCACCAGUAUCCUUAGAACCAAUUAACAGUUUGUCUAUCAGUUUAGAGAACCAGCUCGAAGCUUUCUUGGAUGGAACUUUACCUUCAACAAGUGAAAUUCCUCAACUUACAAGUAACAGCGAGGACAGAGAAUCAUUCUCUCUGAUUGAGGAUCUCCAGAAUGAUCUGCUGAGUCACUCUGGCAUGCUGGAUCAUUCACAUUCUCCCAUGGAAACUUCAGAAGCACAAUUUGCUGCAAAUAAUUCCUGUUUGUCUCUUGAUCUUCCUGAUUCAAACUUAGACAAUAUGGAAUGGUUAGACAUUACUAUGCCUAACUCCUCAUCAGGGCUUACUCCUCUCAGCUCUGCUGCUCCAAGUAUGUUUUCCACAGACUUUUUAGAUCCACAAGACCUACAGUUACACUGGGACUAA